UACAUAAAGGCAUCAUUGCUAUGAGAAAAGUAGCUCGCACAUAGUCGUGAAGUAGCUAGCUAGUUAGCUAAAUCUUUACUGACAUUUCUUUUUCAGAUGAUCAUUCAUAAUAAUGUCUUUUAAAAGGGAAGGUGAUGACAAGAGUCAGUUAAACAUCCUGAAGAAACGUCGUGUUGCCGAUCUUCUGUCUAACUUUAUUCCAGAAGAUGAAGCAGCACUUAUGAAAAAUGGAAGAUACACUUGUCUUGUGUGCUCCUACCGGCCGGUGUUUGAUACCGUUGACAUGCUGACAGUCCACCGGAACGGGAAAAGGCAUCUAGAAGGAUUAAAGUCAUUCUAUGGCAAGAAAGCACGGCUGAAGAAUGAAAUAACAAAAAGGCAACAGGAAAACUUUGUCCAAGCUGAAGACAGGAAAGAGGAGCCCUCCACUUCAGCCCCUUUACUGGAACAAACACGGAAGCUCACCCAUCAUGCUUUACUGAAGACUGUACCAUAUAAUAGCUGCCAUAGAAAAACCAGUACAAAACCUGAAAAAGGACCAGCGAGCAUCGGCUCAGAUCCCAGUGGGGGCGCUUGCGGCAAAACACCAUCUGCACAAGAAAAAGCAUGUCGGACAACUGAAGUUUCAAACAACUUAUCACCAAGCAGUUCUAGUAGCUGCACAGCAGCCAAUAAAGAGUCGUAUCCAUCAAAACACACAGAAGGAUCUCAGCCUGCAGCGACACAGGAGGCAGAGCCUAUAACACCCCAGAGGAGAAGAGAGCUGGAGCAUUACCUCAAAUUGAAAAGUGACGGAUGGCUGCAAGACCGAAGCGGCCAGUGGGUUAAAGAUGAGAAUGUGGAGUUUGAUUCAGAUGAGGAGGAGCCUCCUUCGCUCGCCCCUCCACCUGCAAGUCACUGAGAGGACUGAGAAAUGUGCGGAAAAACACAGAUUAACUUGUACCACAGUGGUACGUUUAGAGGCCACAGCGCUGUUUUGAAACAGCUGCAUGUGCAAGGACUGUUUUUUUUAACAGAUUUUUACAAUCCAGAAAUCUUUCACUUUGCUGAUAAGUUGUAAGAGAAUCCUGUUAGUCACCACUGAUCAUCAGUGGCAUCUGUUGGUCCUUUUACUGUGCUAUUAAAUUCACAAUUACAUGAAAA